AUGGAAAGGCCUCCAGAUCCGCGCUUUUCACGUGACUUGUGCGAAAGUCUGAAGCACAAUGAUGACCACUUGCAGUUUACCAGUGGCCAUGGCAGAGCCAGGCUGGAGAAUGUGUUGACUGGGGAGUGUCACUGGCUUCAGGCGGCAGACAGCAGCUUCCACAUCAGUGCUUCUGGGUGGGGCUAUAUUGUCAGCACCAACCAAGAGGGUCAGAGGGUCACCCAGUGGGCCAGCGAAUUGUUGUCUUGGUCUGUGUGGAGAGUCAAGGAUAGUGGCUUCCACAUCAGUGCUUCUGGGUGGGGCUAUAUUGUCAGCACCAACCAAGAGGGUCAGAGGGUCACCCAGUGGGCCAGCGAAUUGUUGUCUUGGUCUGUGUGGAGAGUCAAGGAUAGUGGGCGACUUUUUGCUUACAGGAAGGCAGCGGAUGGUGUGCAGACAAGAUGGAUCAGUAGCUUUGCCGAAGACCGCAACAUGUGUUAUCCACCAGAGGGUCACGAGGUGCUACGCAGCAUCUUUGAGGGGAAGAAGCUCUUCCUCGUGAAGUACAAUGUUCCUCUUCAGGGCCAGCGGUAUUUCUGGAAUUUGCAUAGCCUCCACCCAUCAAAGUCACAUCAGGAUGUCCUGAAGACUGCAAAACGGUCAUGGCUGCAGAUGUGUCAACACAUAUUCACAGAUGUCAGCAAGUCUUUCUUGUGGCCUCAGCGAUCCAAAGAGGGUCAAGCAGAUGUUCAGCACAGCAUGCACGAGGUCUGUGGCAAUACGAGCGUCAUGCUUCUCAUCGCUCUGACAUUAGCCACAUCUGGCAAGAAGAACAGAGUCACAGGUCAGCAGUGGCUGCAGAGGAUUGUGGACCAGUUUGCGUCAAAUGGCAUGUUGAGAGUCAAGCUGCCAACUGAAGGUGAACCCAUCGUGGACGUGAGACUGCGCAAUGGACAAGUGUCACUGGCAGAGGUUGCAGCGUCACUCAGUGGGCGCAAGUCCAACACGAGAGGGCUGCGACUGAGAAGUGAGCAAAGUGUCACGACGUUCCUUGCAGCCAUCCGGUUGAAGUCAGAGUGGGCCUGGCUUCUGAAGAGUCUGUUGCUACAGCUGGCACUGCUGGUGGAACGGAAUCUGGAAAGUGUCACCUUUGGUGAAGCUGAGGUGUCGAUGGCUUAUGGCUUUCACAGGGAUCCCGUGCAGAGAGUCCUGAAUGUUCGAAUUGCCCAGCAGAAGGCGUGGCGCAGCAAGCGUAAGAAGCGAGACCAGAAGGCCAAACAGGCAGAGCGUCAGCCUGGCUUGAGCAAAGCAGCACGUGCAAAGGCGCGAGCUCGUGUAGCGUCAGUGCGUGAGAUGGUCACCAGGAGAGACAAGCAGCGGGAACGGAGUCUUUACUUCCAGGAGUGUCAAGAUCAGUUCCGCAAUGCAAGGCAACUUUCUGUAUCUUUCGAUGCAAGCAGGGUCGGUGGCCGCAAGCUGACCAGCUUUGCCGUGGUGAACUUGCAGUCUGGAUUGUCAGCAUGGGCACCUUCCCAGGUGCACCAGGACUCAGCACACCGAGUGCCAGGAACAGAGCCAGCUCCCAAUGAAGCAGCACUCCUGGACAAGGAGGUUGCUGACUUGCUCUGCAACCUGGAUGGCACAGAGGCGCAGCGUCACACUGAAGACAACGAAAAGGAGGUCCUCAAGCGAACGGUUUUAAAGCCUGAGAGGGUCAGCACCUAUGACCUGAUGCUAUCACUUGACCACGUGAUCCGUUUGGUGCACAACCCAAAGGGUCUGGUUGGGUUUCAGUAUGAUGAGGAGGACGCAGAGUCAGCACCCAGGCCAGAUUUCAUCACAGCUAAAACCCUGGUGCUAGCGUCAGACAACGGCAGUGACGCCAAUGCAAUGAAGUGGUUUUUGAGUCACCAUCUGAAGCUGCGGGUUCUCAAUCUUUACGACCCACGCCACAAGUGUCAAAGGAUUCUUGUCAACUCCAUGAACCACUGUGGUUACCAGUCAGCGUCAGGCUACGCAAGAAUUCUGAUAUCGUGGACCAGAGGGCCAUGGGAUAACAGAAAGUGGUUCCGUGUGGUUGCUGAAGAGUCAGCAGAGUUUCUCAAGAUGGUCGGUCCUGCCCACGAGCACAGCGCCGGUGUCAGUGUCAUUAAGUACAUGCUGCCCAGAAUCGCUGCUGAAAGAGGUUUGGUGGAGCACGAGGUCAGUGUCAAGGACGCUGUGACCUGGCUCAAGGAGGCCAAGUUUUACAAAGAGCAAGCAGCGUCAGGGGAACCAAGUCGAUGGGACGAGUUCCACGCUACCUGGCGUUGCUUGCGUCAUGAGAUUGGGCUCUUGACCGUGGUGCUAGUGUCAUAUGGGCUCAAAAAUGGUUUGAUCCAGAUGAAUGGUGCCCAUCCCGCAGUGUCAGAAUCACUCGUGAAGGCCGCUGAACAAGCAGGUGUCAGCGAGAACCUCAAGGCGGGGCAGAAGGAGCGCAGAGUCAUUUACUCGAAGUUCAAGAACAAGCUCCAAGCAGUGUUAUACCUCCUGCUGGACAACGACCUCUUAGCGUCAAUCAACUCUUGGUUUACAGUGUCAAACCCAGUGUCACUGUACUUGAAUGACAUGAGGAGAGACGUUCGUGGCAGGCAAGGGUCAUGGGAGUUCUGGCAGCGACAAGCUGAGGGUCAAUGGCGUGGCACCUUGAACAAGAUAGUGUCAGCUGCUUUGGACCAGCAGAGUCAUGCGCUCAUAGGCAUCGCCGACACCAAUGAGAUUCAAGGGUCAAUGUAUUUUUAUACAUUGACAACAGACAGCGCCAGUGUCCAGUUCCAAGACUGGUUGUUUCAAAGGCUGGUGAGCUAUGCAUUGAGUGUCAUGAGGAUGUCAAACGAAGUUUUCCCUCUACGGCUUGCUGCGGCGUGUGCAGGGUCACAGCAGGCGGCAAAAGUUCGGGCUGAACUGAAGAAGUUCUUGGAUGCAGACAAACUCGCGCAAAGUGUCAACACACCAUGGUGCAAAACAGUGACAAAGAGAAAUGCUGCGCGUCACAUCCUCGUGCAGGACAUUGCCAGGCUGGAAGUGUCAGACGACGUGAUGGAAAGCCAUGAGAACAAAGCCCACGAGUACUGUGUCAGCGAUUCCUGGUCGCAGCUGUGCAAUGCUAGCAUCUUGCAGAGGUUUGGGUACACAGAGAUUUCGCCAGAUGCUGCAAGAGCCAGUGUCAACCCACUGCCUGCCAGCAUACAUCACACGAAGCGUCUCCAAGCGUCAUCACCGCAGAUGAAGGACGUCAUGAAGAGUCAGACGUGGCCUUCCGUGUCCCCGCUCUACGCAGCGUCACUUGUGCCUGAGCAGAUGCUUCUGGUUGAGGGCAGCGUCAAGGGCCCAGAGUCACUCAAGAAGUUGAUGAACAGUUGGCGAACUGCGUUCUUAGUGUCAGGCCUGGUGAUCAAGCAGAAGGGUGAUGCGUCAAUCUACUUGUCACUGGGACCCUGGCCAAACAACAGUGCCACUUGCGUUAUCCCUUUGGAACGCGUCGAGCUUGAGGGUCACAAACUGUAUUUUUACAGGCUGCCAAGCAGAAUCCAGUGUCAGUUCAAAUGUGUUUCUUCUUUUGCUGACUGGAGUGUCUUGGAUACAGUCCUGGCAAGCCCAUUGCGGGUGGCACUGAUGAUGGGGCAGAAGUCAAAAGUCAAGAGUCACGCAGACCUGCGAGUGCCAGAUCUUCCUGGUUUUUUCUGGGAGAAGAGCAAGACUACAGUGCCAUUGCUCCAGUACUCUGCCAGGGAGGGCUUCCACACAGUGUCAGUCAGCUUGAUGAAGCGCUUGCUGAAGGAGCCUGGUGUUGGAUGA